AUGUUGGAGUCUAAGUUAGCGAAACCAGACAAAGUGCACACUGACGAGAAUGGAGCUGAUAUGAUGACAAAAUCUCUCGCUAAGGAGAAGCUACAUGUUUGUCGGAAUAUAACGGCAAACGCAUUGGUGGAGUUUUGGAACAUUGGCAGUGGCAUUGGCAACGGACAAGGUGCAUCUGGCUCUGAGCUUGUAGCUCUGAAGCUGAGUAAGGUCUCGAGUUCAAAUCUUGUGAAUAGAGAAAAUUCACUGAUGGGAGAGCUUUGGUAUCAUGUCAAAGAUGCAGUUUUGGAGGGUGGCCUGCCUUUCAGCAAGGCCUACGGUGGGAAGACCCUGUUUGAUUACAUCCCCGGAGACCCAAUGUUAAAAGAGGUAUUUAAUGGGGCAAUGUCGGACAACACCAGCAUCGUCCAGAAGAAGAUCCUUGAGACGUAUGAGGGCUUCAUGUGCCUUAGGACCAUAGUUGAUGUCGGGGGCGGCACAGGUACUAUGCUUAACCUGAUCGUCACUAAGUACCCCUCCAUAAAGGGCAUCAAUUUCGAUCUGCCGCAUGUGAUUGCCGAAGCUCCAUCUUACCCUGGUGUCGAACACGUUGGAGGAGACAUGUUCAUUAGUGUUCCUAAAGGAGAUGCUAUCUUCAUGAAGUGGAUAUCUCACAACUGGGGAGACGAACCGCUAAUGAAGCUCUUGAAGAACUGUCACGAUGCGCUACCACAAAAUGGGAAGGUGAUCUUGGCGGAUCAUAUACUUCCCCAGAUACCAGACACCAGCAUCGACACCAAGGUGGCAUUUCAUUUAGAUUCCCUGAUGUUGGUUCUUUGUCCUGGCGGAAAAGAGCGUACCAUGGAGGAGCUCGAGGAAUUAGCUAAAAGAGCGGGUUUCAGGGGCUUCCGAGUCACUUCUAAAGUCUAUGGCAUCGCCAUUAUGGAAUUAUUUAAGGAGGCUUGA